UCAUAUGUUACCUCCAGGAUCUACUCAUAUUAUGCUAGUGAAAUAUAACAUUAUUAUGUAUAUACAAGUAUUCCACCCAGUCUAUGUGCUCAAGUGAAGGUCCAACUACAACUGAUCCGUAAACGUACUUUACAAAUCCGAUGUGACGCCAGGUGAAGACCAGCAUAGCGUGACAUCAUAUUUGGGGGGGCCAUGUGAAGAUCUACCAAGAGCCAUGGUGAGAAAGUCAAUGCUGGACCAGCAAAUUGCUGUGGCAGUAACGAGGACAUCGGGCACCUUCUGUCCACAUGAUGCCAACAAGAAAGCAGUGUCAACGACAGGCUGUCCGAAACCCGGUGACGACCAAGACUCAAGAGGUUCAGAUUAAGAUGGCCAAAACAGUAAGAAGAUGGGAAGUAUUUCCUGGUAAAAAUAAGUUCUACUGUAAUGGGAGGAUAAUGAUGGCAAGACAAGCAGGAGUAUUCUAUCUUACGUGUGCUCUCAUUAUCAUAACAAGUGGACUUUUUUUCGCCUUCGACUGUGUGUACCUAGCCGAGCAUGUGACUCCUGCCAUACCAGCCAUAGGCGGCGCCCUCUUCAUAUUUGUCAUGGCCACAUUACUGAGGACAAGUUUCAGCGACCCAGGUGUUAUACCCAGGGCUUCAGCAGAGGAGGCAGCAGAGAUGGAGAGGCAGAAUGAAGUUGCCAAUCCAAAUUCCCCUGGGACAUACAGACCCCCACCAAGGACAAAAGAGGUUGUGAUAAAAGGACAAGUAAUCAAAUUAAAAUAUUGCUUCACCUGUAAAAUAUUCCGCCCUCCGCGGGCUUCUCAUUGCAGUCUUUGUGACAACUGUGUAGAGCGGUUUGACCAUCACUGUCCCUGGGUGGGAAACUGUGUAGGGAGACGGAACUAUCGUUAUUUUUACUUAUUCAUCUUAUCAUUAUCACUGUUGUGCAUAUACAUCUUCGCCUGUGUGCUCACCAAUCUUAUUUUACGGGCACAAGAUGACAAUUUUUUGACUGCUAUGAAAGAUUCUCCAGCUAGUAUAGUGGAGGCCAUUAUCUGCUUUUUCUCUGUUUGGUCUGUAAUUGGGCUGGCUGGCUUUCACACAUACCUGGCCACAUCUGAACAGACCACAAAUGAAGAUAUCAAAGGAACUUUUACAGCCAAAAGAGGUCAGGAUAACUUCAACCCUUUCAGCAAAGGUUCUCUCUUUAAAAAUUGUAUGGGAGUUUUAUGUGGCCCAAACCCACCCAGUUUAUUAGACAGAAGAGGUUAUGUGAUUCCUGAGCCAGAGCCCAUGUCACAUGUAAGUCCCUCUGAGAAAGAUGGUAAUGCAGUAAAUGCUCACCACGAGUACUAUGGGUCCACCCAUAUCACUACACAGAAAACCAACAACAUGGGUACGACAACACUACAGGACAGACCAGCUGUUAUUAUGACAGAUGAGACGCCACCAGAGGGGGUGAAGAAACGUGACAUGAUCAGCUACCAGAGCUCAGAUGGCUCCAUCAACAACAAACUCCCACCAAUCAAUGGAACAGGAGUGAUACCAGCCCAGAACUGUAUAGGCAAGAAGAACCAUAUUUGGGAUAUGACCCUUAACCAGCUAGACUAUCUUGGCCACAGGGUGAACAUCUACCCAGUCAACCAGGGCGGGGGCAACUACUACAGAGACCAGCACACGCCACGACACCCAGACCAGUAUGUGACAUCGCCAGGGUACAGGGUAGACCUCAAUCAGAAAGCUAUUGGGUACAGAGAAGACGUAAAUCAGAAAGCUAUUGGGUACAGAGAAGACGUAAAUCAGAAAGCUAUUGGGUACAGGGAAGACGUCAGUCAAAAAGCUAUUGGGUACAGAGAAGAUGUCAGUCAAAAAGCUAUUGGGUACAGAGAGGAUUCGAACCAAAAGGCGGUUGGGUACAGGGAGGAUUUGAACCAGAAAUAUGUGACAUCACGUGGAAUCAGUACAACAGAUUACCAAGGUGUCAGCUACUAAAACCAUAUCUUUGUUGCUAGAAUUCUUUGGUCCAUCAUUCAGAUAAUCAUUGCGCUAAAUUAUCAACCUAAUGACUUAUUUCUGUGUUUGGCUUUCAGUAUAUACAUAUAUAUAUAUCUAUUUAUUAUUUUCAAUACAGUAACGUAGUUGUAUGGAAAUGUCUGCUUAAGUUUAAAGCCAAGUUGUAAUUGUUAACGCCCAGUUCCCUACUGAGACCAAUUGUUUCCACUCAGUUGUUGUUUCUUUCAUCUUUUUUAAUGUUUAUUAUUCUACUGUAUACUUGUCUCCUCAACUCUACACAGCUAAAUUAGUUUUUAAAACAUUCAUAGUAUGUGUGACCAUUCACUGGUUUGUGUAUAUUGGAUGUUAUUUGCAUUUAGCUCAUUUUCACCUACAACCCUUCUUUCCCUCUUCCCUCAACACUGAGUUAGUGUAAAUGAAAAAAAAUCUUAGAAUAUGUGUACUUAACAUCUAGUCCUUUCCAGUGCUAAACAUACAAUGCUUCUUUCAGCUUUUGUUAAACUUAUUACUUGAGCAUUUUAAAGAUUUAAAUAUCAAUUACAAUUUUUAGUUUUUAUUUUUUUUAAAUAAACGUGGCUAUUCUAGAAAUAAUAAAGUAAACAUAUUUGAGUUUUUGAAAUUUAAAUUGUAUAUUUUAAUUUUGUAACUUCAGCACAAGGCACUUUUUAAAUAAAUGCUUUUCUCCAGUUAUCUCCCUUACGUAGUAACACGCAGUAACAUACAAAUACCAUAUGUACAUGUUUCUAUUUUCAUACUUUUGUUAUGCAUGUUGCUUUGUUCUUUUUCAUAGAUUGGUUUUUAAAAUGUCAUUCCAAUUUGUUAGUGUUAAUUAUCUUCACAGUAAUAUGUGGAUGAUUUUCUUUUAUUUAUGGAUUUUUUUUUUAAACUAAGGAAACUAUAUUAUUAUUUUUUUUUAUAUUAAGUAAAUUGUGAAUGCACCUUUUAUAAUCUUAAAUGAAGUCAGUCAUUACAUCACUUGGAUGUUCUGCAUAUAUUUAUGUCCAUCAUUAGCUUUGAGAUUACAGUUGAUAGAAUUGCGCUCAUAUGUUGUGCCCACAAACCACAUGGUACUACUUGGUGUUUUAAAUCGUAAACUUUUGUCAUAACUGUGUUUACUUAAACCAAAUUGGGGGCACAAUGCAACCUAAGGUUUUAUAUGUAGAUGUUAGGGGGAGAUGAAUAGCAACUAGCAUAAUGUGUCCUUAGUAUAUAAAAAAAGAAUGUUUGUGGUAUGUUGCUGUUUUAAAUUUCAUGGUACCAAAUCUAUACUGGCCAGAUAAAUGUAUCAAUUUAAGAGACAAUAUUGGCCAGAUAAAUUUAUCAAUCUAAGAUACAAUAUUGGCCAGAUAAAUUUAUCAAUUUAAAAGACAAUAUUGGCCAGAUAAAUUUAUAUAUCUAAGAGACAAUACUGGCCAGAUAAAUUUAUUAAUCUAAGAGACAAUAUUGGCCAGAUAAAUUUAUCUAGCAGAUUAACUGGCAAAAUGUUUUUAUCAAUUUAUUCACUGAGAGACUACCUACUGGCCAGAUUGCUCUUUCAAUUAUCAUUGAGAGAUUAUACACACUGACAUGUGGUUUACAGUUAUCAGGAAAUUAUUUUUUCAAUGCUUUAGCAUAAUUACAUGUACGUACUGUGUUAUUGGGUAAGUUUUCAUUCGGCUGUAUGCCACGAAAAUAGCUAAGACAAGGUUUUGAAAUAACAUUUCAGUAACUUUGAUAUAUUGAUGUAAUCAUAUAAUUUUACACAUGUUUUUAAGACCAUUAAAAUGAUUUUAACUGUCAUCAUUUUCAAGAUGUACUUUUAGUUGUUCAUUUAUGAUAACCAUCAUUAGUUUCAAGCUAGACCUUGUCACCAAUGGAAGCUUCAAGCAUUCAUUUAUUUCUGUCUCAUCCUGCCUGAGGCUGUUGUGUACUAAGACAGAGUGUUGACUGUCCUAUUGAUAUCCCUUGUACUUAAUAUUAAGCAUAUCUCAUUUGGAACAAACUACACUUUUUAUCGGUAGUCAAUUAUGGAACAAUUUUUCUUUUGUAUAUACUUUAGAUCUAUCUUUCUUUGAAACACUUUUUCUUUUUACCAAGUUUUCUACACAACUGUACCUGCUGCUCAAUGAGACUUUUUAUUUUUCUUGUAGAUACAAGUUUUGACUCUGUGUGUUUCGAUGUCCUUCUGUGUCAGUGAAUAUAUGUAUAGGUCCCACACCAUGGGGGACUGCCGUCUACAUUCAUGCUGGGUAUAGCAGCUGGCUAGAUGGAACUAGAUUGAAACUUAGAAGAAUUUGUAGCAUAGAAACAAUUUGUGAUAUCAGCUGCCAGUGGCUGGGAGAUACAACAUUGGAACUUUUCCUUAAGUCAUUUGUUUUGCAUCAUUGAAGCUGUUGUUUUUUUUAAACGACUUUGAUCUUUAUUUUUAUUUUUUUUCAUUAGAGAAAUUUGCACCUUACACAGAUAGAUUCACAAUUUAUAAAAUUUGUUUGUCAGAGUUGAGUAGCGUAGUCAGCUAUGUGAGUUUUUUCCCAGGGACAUUAUUUUUAUUCUUACAAAAUAAAAUAAUAAAAACAGCUAUCACUUACAAUGCCAUGACUUGCUGUGCAAUUUGCAUAAUUAUUUUUCAUGGGUAUAUUCUUCAUAUUAAUGCAGUCAUCCUUUUGUUUUACUGUUGCCAUGGUUACCUAGCUGAGAGUUCCUUGUUUUCAUCACAGACCUCCAACACUAUUCAGCUCUCUUCUUGGUCCAUCUCUCUCAACUUGAGUUGUAUUGUGACUUACCAGUUGUCUUCAGGAGUACCUACAAUUCUAGGUUACAUGCUAUAACUUCAUUCAGGCUUUUUAGAUAACUUUCCACAAAUUUUAAUUAUUUUUUUCUCAAGUAAUCUAUUCAGGACGUGUUAAUCACAGAUUUAAAGAUGAAAAUUAGUUUGUUUACGGUUUUGUUUUCUUAAUGGAGGAAAUGCCUGUAUUAUUUAAUAUAGUUGACAAAAAUAUCAUUGCCAGCAACAUAAGACUGUACAUAAUGAAUGGUCUCAACUUCUCACUGUGAAUAUUUUACAUCUGUGUCAUCAUUCAUUCUUUACCUUUUUGAUUCACCUUUUUGAUCUUGGUGUGUUUGGGUAAAUUAAGUGUGAUAAUGGUUCUCUCAUUUAGUAUGACCUAACGUAAGCUGGGCACAUACUACUACACGUUUUUUUUUUUUAAAUAUUCCGGUUAUGAUUUUUUUUAAUAAUAUAGUUCUAACUAAUUUAACCCUAAACAGUUUAAAUUAAGUUUUCUAAAACUGUUCUAUUUCCGACUUCUGCUUUUCUUUUAUUUCUUUUUUUUUUUUUAAUAGAAGAGUCCAUGAUGCCAAUAUAAAUAGUUUUGAAGCGCCUAAAUUAAAUCCUGACAUAGCUGAAGGCAUAUGGGUAAAGCUGGUAAGAAAAUAAGAGAAACAUUACCACACGUCUCUCAUAUUUUUAAUGUAGUCAUCCAAUGUUGCCUAUAUUCAAUAACCUUAUCUGUGUACUCAUUGGUUACUUGAGUGUCAAUCAUCUCCAUCACCAUAGCAACAUCACUGUACUGGAUCCACCCAUUAUUUUAGUGUUGUUCCAAGGGUGACCACGCCAUGUGGGCCGUGUCUGUGUUACAAUCUCCUGAGUCAGUGUUAGUCUUGUCUACACACCUACAAGUCUUUGGUUAGGGCUGAUGAAGAAGCUUAUGUCAAAUAAAGAUGAUCCAACUCA